AUGUCUUCGAAGAAAACUGUCCUCAUCACUGGCUGCAGCGAUGGCGGCAUUGGCUCUGCCCUCGCCCUGGUCCUGCAGCAGCGUGGUCUCCAUGUCUUCGCCACAGCCCGCGACCCCUCAAAGAUGUCGGAGCUCCAAGAUCUCCCCAACAUCACGAUUCUGACGCUUGAUGUCACCAAACACGACGACAUCAAGGCUGCCGUUGAACUUGUCACCAAGCAGACAGGUGGCACUUUGAACUACCUCAUCAACAAUGCCGGACGCAAUCACUUCAUGCCUAUCUUAGACGAGGACUUGGACCGGGUCCGGAACCUGUUCGAGGUCAACCUUUACGGCCCGCUCGCCAUUACUCAAGCCUUCGCGCCUCUGCUUAUUAAAUCAAAGGGCAUGGUGGUGUAUAUCACCUCGAUAUCCGGCUACAUUAACGUUCCUUUCAUGGGAGCUUAUGCGGCAUCCAAGAGGUCUCUAGAGCUGGUAGCUGAGACCUUGAGACUCGAAUUGGCCCCUUUUGGCGUCGGCGUGCUCGAGGUCGUCACUGGGGCAGUCAAAACCAACGGCCAGACGUACUUCGGUGAUUUCAAGCUCCCGGAGAUGUCCCUGUACAAACCGAUCGAGGGUGUCGUCGCCAGCAGGGCCCAAGGAAAUGAACAGCUUUCUCGAAUGGAGAGAACCGAAUACGCUACUGCCGUUGUGGAUCAGAUGAUCAGCCGCACAGCUGGCCGCUUCUGGUAUGGAAAUAACGCCGAAACUACUAGGCUUAGUACUACAGCGACUACCGUGCCACAGUCAGCCAUGGACGCCGGAAUGUCCUAUGGGUGCGGGCUUGAUGCAUUGCAGUGAGCUCGUCUAAGCCAUGUGAAAUUUUUAGACUCAUCUCUUCAAGAAGCGUGUCGUGCUAGUUACAACCCUCUAUGCAGCUAUCUAACCAUGUGAAUCGUACAAAUGUCAGUCGGUAUUGCGAACCUCGGCUUAACACGCUCGCCUCGUUUUGAUCCUUUCAACUGAGGCCAGGUAUUCUAGUUUUUCCAGCACCGCGAAUCACUUCUCUCCUCCAAUCCUCAUAGCUGAGAAUGCUUCUAACACGAGCCUCCAACCACUCCGUGUUGCCCCAAAAGCCCCAGCUCGCCUGAAAGCGCAGCCAGUCGACCAGUGCAGUCUCCCAAUGCCGCACGAAGAGAGCCCAGUCGUACUCUUUUCCGCUGGCCUCCUUCAGACGUGCCCAAUACCUGUUCAAUAAAUCUUUCUCGCCAGGCUGCAUCUUGAGCUCGUGGGGUACGUCACUGUCGGCUACAAGCAUGUUCAACGGUAUUGAGCACGUGAAGAGCUUGGCCAAGUCGCAGACACCGAGGCCGAGGCCGGUGUACUGGAAGUCGUAGAAUGCAACCUCCGAGCCGGACGUAGAAGUGAACAAGUUUUCGGACUUGACGUCGCCGUGGAUGAGUGUUUGAUACUCCUCAAUGGCGCUAGGCUCCGACUCGGGUAGGCUUGGUGCGAGAUAUGCGGCCACGAUCUGAGCGACGGACUUGUCUGUUCCGUCGACAACAGCAGUGAGAGGUCCAUUCCAUUCGUCUCGGUGGUCGCUAGAAAGUCUGUUAUAUUCCGUGAGACGUGUCGCCAGGUAUGUGUAGCCGCCGUUCAGCCAGACCGUCUUGUCAGUCGCGUCUUGACCAUCACGUUGCACUUCCUCAAGAGGCGGCAAUACCAAGGAGGAGCGCUUGAAAUCUUUGGCACGCGGCCACCAGAAACCAUGGAAUCCCGAGAGCCAGUCGAGGGCCGCAUGUGCUUGAGUCGAAGAGAGCACGUUGCGCUUCUCCCCUGCGACGGGAUACUGAACCCGAAGAUCGCUCAAUAAUGUAGCUGUGACUGACGACCCGUCCUUAUUGUGCUUCUUAACGCUUCCCAGGCAUUUAGCGACUGGCAGGGACGCUGGCAUCUGUGGCGCAAGGUGGCUGUAGAAGUAUUGUUCGACCUGGUAACUCAGGAUUUUCCUCGUGUGACCUUCAUCGCCCGACCUCGUCGGCGGCGGAUUGACCAGCUUCAAAAUGAACGUCUGGGGUUCUGAGACUGUAGAUUGGGGCGUAGAGAUCCCCGAGUUGCUGGUCGAGGCUGUACGUGAUGACUCUGCCGAAGAAUUUACCGAACUGCUCGGCGUCGCGACGAUGCGGCAGAUUUCGCCAUAGCCAGCCCACAAUGACUGUAUUGUUUUCAAUGACUGAAGCUCGAGACCGUUCAAAGUAAGAAGCGAUGCAGCAACCUCCUCUGGUAACGGGCUUUCCGACAUGGUGACGUUGGAUGAAGACCGGUAGUUGAAGCCCAAGGCGACGAGCAGCACCAGUCCCGCGACCAGUAAGUAAAAUUUCAUAAAGCGUGGCCACAAAAACAAUGUCGAUCAGGCUCAAAUGAAGACGAUUCACCUGCUUCAAUUCAGAGUCCAAUCAGCGCCGGGAUUGAAAUUUGAGUGGGAUGAUUGGACGUUUGUACUUUUUCG